AUGCCUACUACUCAAACACAAUCCAACCAACCAUCAUCCUGCACCCUAAAGCAUCUUCACUUGGACAGCCCUAUUCUUAACGGCUUCGAGGAACGUCAAUAUCAGAUAUACAGCUUCUCCAGCAAUCAUACAACCCAUCUACCUACCGCAGCCAUGUUCAACGUUCUCAAGCUCGCCUCGCUCGCUCUCCUAGCAGCUCCCACCGUCCUGGCAAGCGAUAUCAUCGUGCAGAACAACUGUAAAUUCAACGUCUGGUGUUCCGCAGCCAAGAACGACGGGGCCUCCAGCGCGUUAGUCAAGGUAAAAGCUGGCCGGCAUUACAAGUCCCCACUCCCUGCCUACAACGACAAUGUUGGCUCUGUUUUGAAAUGUACCGACGUAUCUGGUUCCAGGAAGGUAUUCCAAGUCGAGCUAGCGGUGCAGAAUGGUAGGUCGUGGUUUGACCUGUCGGCUAUCGACGGUGACCCAUUCCUCUCGCACCACCGCCAUGCUGAGCUCGCGGGCCAGUGUGUUAUUGACUGCCCUGCCGGAUCUACAUCCUGCUAUUACCCUCUUCAAGUCGACUGUGCCAGUACCGAGAAUGCCGUACUGACUAUUUGUUAGUUAGUAGCGCCCGAGUUUGAGCAAGUAGGCCAUGAUGCCAUAGUAGAUACUAGAAAUCUGGAUACUUAAGAAAUGGCGAGUUGUUUU